AUGAAGGAAUCACAUGGUACAAGUGUCCUGGAGCAGGUGCUUAUCUUAUGCGAAGAUAACCUAAAAACUCGAGUUUUGGAAGAGAAUAUUGAAAAUUGUUUUUGGUUAGGAAGAAAAAAGAACGAACAGCAUUCUGUCUUGUUUACUGUAAAUUCUCAUAACCUGAAAAUGAAGCUUCUGAGAAACAGGAAGUUGCUGAAAGGUGCAGGAAUAACUCUUACUGAAGAUAUGUCGCCUGCUCGAUGUAACCUGUAUCAAAAGGCCGUGCAGAAAUGGGGUAAGCAGAAAACCGGGUUUUAUAACGGAGAAAUAUGGGUGAAACUGCGAGAAAACAAGUUACAGAUACUUGAUUUGUAUAUGACUGAUAUUGAUACAGCUUUGAAUAUUUUAGAGGAUUAUAACAAUAUCACGACCAUCAGUUGUUCUAAUUUUGAUGAAUUAAAUAGUGUUCUGUUUGAGAGAAGUGAUAAGUUAAACUUCACUAUACUUCAUUACAAUAUCAAGAGCUUGCAAGCUCACUAUGAUGAGCUUUGUAUGAACAUUUUGAGUGAGACCUGGAAUAUCAGUAAUAUCAACAGUUAUAAAAUAAAUGUCUUCCAAAUUUACUAUAAUGAAGCUAAGUAUAAUAAAUGCGAUGAGAGAUGUUUCCAUAAAAAUGAUAGAUGUAGUGACGGCAUUGAAUUGUAG